CUCCCUCCCCAUCGAAGGCGCACGUACUGAGAAAGAUCUCAGCGCCUAGUAAUGGUCAAGAACCCCGAUAGCAAUGGCAUUGCCGCCGCGACCAAGGCCAGGCCCGAGAGCGUCAUCGGCGUAGGCGGAAGUAAGGCGGCAGUGAGGCAGUACAAGGGGGUGCGGAUGCGGAGCUGGGGGUCGUGGGUGUCGGAGAUCAGGGCGCCCAACCAGAAGCGCCGGAUCUGGCUCGGCUCCUACGCCACGCCUGAGGCCGCCGCGCGCGCCUACGACGCCGCGCUGCUCUGCCUCAAGGGCUCCGACGCCGUCCUCAACUUCCCCUCCGCCUCCUCGUCGCCCCCCUCCUCACCUCGCCAAGUUGAUACUCGCCACUCGGACUCUCUGACUGGCGGCAUGUCCCCGAGAUCCAUCCAGCGCGCUGCGGCAGCGGCCGCCGCGGCGUUCGACGCCGGCAUCAUCGCCAGCGUGGACGACAGGUGCUCUUCCAGCGCCGACGCCACGCCGACGCCGACGUCGGCCUCGCUGUCGACGGCGGGCAGCGCUGAUCACGGCCAGCUGGAGCACGCGACGACGUCGUCAUCUGUCGCGGCCAGCACCGGCUCGCCAGCGGAGGUGGAGGACCUGUGGACGGAGCUGGUGGACGCGUUCGCCUCGCCCAAGUGCAUGGAUCUGAUGGCCGCGGGCGCCGCGCCGUUCUCCUCGACGUGGGAGCUGGAGCCCGAGGACGACGGCGAAAUGAUGAGGCUGUGGAGCUUCUGCUAGGAGAUCAAAAGCACUAUGCAAUGUGCAUGCACAGUUCCAUAAUUUCCUUCUCCUCCAUCAUCACCACUGCAAGCUAUGUGCAUGCAUGCAUUUUUCCAAAGAUUCUUUCGUUUUCUUUGAUAAGAUCACAAGACAGAUUUGAUUGCUUGUACUGAACUGUAAGUGUAAGGAUUGCUGAGAGAACUAGAGCAUUGGAUACUUGUUGGAUUUCCCCAUUU